UAUUCGAACAGACUCGUGAUUGGGAGAAAAAAAAUUACGAUAAAUUAUUUAUUGCGGACUUGAAUAGUUACUUUGCAUUUUGCAAUUAAUGAUUUAAGUUUUUCGUUAAUGUUGAUAUUAAUUUUUCUGCAAUUUUAUUACGAACGGACCAUGUUAGUUUGUUGCGAGUCUGUAAAAAAGUGUCAUGGCGGAAUUUUAUGUUUGGAGGGAAUUUCGGACUUGCAGCGUGAUAAAUGCGAUAUCGAUUGAAUAUAUAAAACGCUAAAAUAAAAUUGUGUUUUUUAGUAUAUUUGCUUAGAUUUUUCACAAUGUCUGUAGAAACAAUACAGAAUUUACAAGUCAUGAGUGAAAUUGAAGGAUCUCAAGCAUCUGUUGUAUCUCUUGUACCUCAAGUCAUAGUCAAUAAUGGAAAUGAUGUACUAGAAGAAGAGUUACCGAUAGCAGAGUUUUUGCCUAAUAUCUCAUCAUCAGGCACGACUGAUUCAUGUACAAUGUAUACUACUACUAUACCUGCUUCCAUGGCUAAUGCUUUACCUGAAGGUACUGUAUUGCAAAUUACGCCAAAUUCUACAAUACUUACUAUGUCUUCUGUACAAAAAACAUUACAAGAAUCUUCUACUGAUAGUCAUAUUAUUCUAAAUGGAGAAACUCAUUCCGUUGACAAUAGCAAUAAUAUAGUAUCAUUAAUAUCUGUAAAACAAGAUGAAACUAUUCAGUCUUUGCCAUUAAUUUCAACGGAACAUUCAGAAAAUAUAGUGUCUGUGCCAUCACUAAUAGCAACUGAAAAUUUAAUGCCUAUAACCUCAACAGUAGAUAAUACAAACAUAUCUAUAUCAGUUUCAUCUAUUUCAGAAAAAACAAUGACACCUGUGUCUACUGAAUCAGUUUUGACUGAUUCUGUAGAAAACAUAUCACCAACAUCAAUAACUUUACAUGAAGUUAAUGAUAUAAUUCCAGUUACUUCUAUAAGCAUGGUUCACGAUGAUGCCAUAAGUUCUGUUUCAUCAGUGUUAAAUCCUACAGAUUUGCAACUAAUUCAAAAUCCAGAUGUACAAGUUAAUACAACUACAAAUUGUUUGACUGAAGUAAAUAAUAUGGUAACUAACUCUCCAUCCAUAGUAACAGAUCAUUCUGAUGAUGUACAUGAAAGAACAACAAAUUCUCUUCCUGUUUCCACCUCCAACAUUUCAUCUGGGCCAGAAACAAUUGGAGAAAUCGAUUUUUCUACAUUUCUAGAACAAGAUGACAGUCAUUCAAGCUCUGUAUUAAAUGAUGAAGUCGAACAAGAAAAUAAUCAUUUACAAUCUGAUGCAAAUAAUAUUAUAUCAAAUAUGAGGAAAGAUCAAGAAGUAAAUAAUAAUAAUGAGACAAAUAAAGAUAAUGAUACAGGAAAUGUAGUUGUGAUUGAUGUGUCAAAACCUAUUCAGUUAUCACAGAAUUCAUUAAUUGUUGUUAAUGGACAGAAGUGUGUUCUUCAGCAUGAUCCACAGACAGGUCAGGUCGUUGCUUAUCCUAUUAAAGAACCAGAUAAACCAAAGAAGAAAAGAGGAAGGCCAAGGAAAGUUUUAAAUGAUUUUCAGCAACAUCAACAGGAAGAAGCAUUGUCAGCUUAUGAAGAUGAAGAUAUUAACUUGGAUGAAGCAAGGAAAGGAAUGGUUGAGAUUACAACUGAUGAUGGUGCUAUUGUUCGAAGAAGCAGUAGAAAACGAAAACAAGCCCAAUCAUUAAAAGAUUAUGAAACAGGUAAUUUAAAACUUGAAUUAGGAAGUGAUGAGGAAGAAGGUGAUGGUGAAUUUGAAGAAGAGGAAUGCCAAUCUCCAGUGAAUAAAAAAAGUAAAAGUCGGGGGAGACCAAAAAAAUUCUCACAGAAUUCAACUGGUCCAAUGCAGCUUUCAUUAAUGCAACCUGCAAAACGUGGUAGAGGCCGACCAAGAAGAUAUGGUUUGGCAAAAGAAAAUACUCAGGCAUUUUUAAUCCAAACUGCAGAAGGGCAGUCUUUUAUGAUGCAAGUUCCAACAUCCAGUAUACCUUCUGGGAUGAGUCUGCAGGAAGUUGCUCAGGGAAUUGCAAAUAGUUUGAACUUAGCAGCCACACAGCCUUUAACAGGACCUAUGUCCAUAAUGCUGGAAACACCUGAUAAUGAGAAUAUUUCAUCUAAUAAGCCUACCAAUGAUGAUGAUAAUGAAUCUUCGAGUAAUCUUCAAACAGAAACCCAGCUUUGUGAAAAUAACGUUGAAAAUGGAGAAGGUGAAAAUACAAUAAAUGAAAAAGAAACAAAUAUAGAUGACAACUUAACAUUUUCCUCUCAGUUACCCAUACCAAUAUCAGAACAAACAUCUGCAAAACAAAAUAUUCAUAAAUCUCCUGCAAUUGUUGUAUUAUCCCCUGCUCAAUCUGCAAAAGAAAAUAAUAAUAAUAAUAAUAAUAAUAAUACUAUAGAGACCAGUGAUAUUUCAGAAAACACUACAAAAUCUUCAGCAGUAUUAGAAAAAGAUGUUGAAAAAACAUCAAAGAUGACUGUUUCUUCCAACAAUAUUACUACUGUUGUUCCUCUUGCCAAUAAACUUUUGCCAGCUAUUCUUCCUAAACAAGAUGCUGUAGGAGUUAAACUUGGAUUAAAAGCUGCAGAAACGGAUAUAGAAAAAUUGGUUUGCUCAAAAUGCAACUUUCAAGCUUAUUAUCCUCAGCAAUAUCAAGAACAUCUUUCUACCCAUGCCAAAGAAGCACAACACUGUAAAUGCUGCAGUUUUCUCUGUUUUGAAGAAGAAGAACUUAUUAAACAUUAUAAAGAGCAACAUCCAAAAUGUAUAUGUGAAGUGUGCAAUCAUACUGCAGAACAUGCGUACGUGAUUAAACGUCAUUUACUACGACACUCAGACAAUGGCUGUACUUGUGAAAUUUGUGGUAAAACUUAUAAGGAUCAUUAUAUUUUAAAAAUGCAUCUGAAAAUGGUUCAUAUGCCAGCAGAUGUGUUGUUUGAAUGUGAUAUAUGCAAGAAGAAAUUUAAUAGGCGAGCACAUUUAAAAAGACAUCUGCGUACCCAUGAUCCAGAUAAACCAUUUAGAUGUGAUCAAUGUGAUUACAGGGGAUGUGAAAGAUCAGAUAUAAACAAACAUAUAUUAAUUCAUGAAGAACCAAAGCAUAUUUGUGAUUUAUGUGGAAAAACAUUUCGGCAUAUAAAAAAUAAAGAAUUACAUUUGAAAAGGCAUAAAGGCCAAAGAGAUUAUAAAUGUGGAGUUUGUGACUUUUAUGGCUAUACAUUUACUGAUAUUCGGAAACAUAUCGAAAGGAGACAUUCUGAUUCAAAGACAUUAAUUUGUACAAAAUGUGGUCAAGCUUUUAAAACUGAAGCUUUAAUGAAGGAUCAUCAGAAAAGCAAACAGUGUGAAGCUUAUGUAAUAGAACAAAAUAAUAAUAGUAAUGAGACGGAAGCAACUUUGAUAGAAGUUCCUGAAGCUAAUAAUAAUAUAUCAUUACCGGAUAUAAAUCCGCCGGAUCAACACAACUUUGAUGUUACUCAAAAUGAUAUUGUCUCAGAAGUAGGACAGGGAGAGAUAGCAACCAUUCGACUUUCCGAUGGAACGAUAGCCACCAUCAAUACUCUUACUAAUGAGGAUGGUCAAAUAGUCAUCAGUGGUGUAAAUCCCUCUGGAUUUUUUGACCAGAAUGGGCAGUUAACAAUUGUUUCUAGACCAGAUGGCAUUGACUCGGGGAUAACAUUUGUUACUACUGAUUCAAGUGUUGGAGAUUCCUCGACUCAGAAAAUGAGCAUAGACGGUAUAGACCUGAGCAACAACUCCAUUAACAUAUUACCGACCCAGAACGGGGACAUCCAGUUUGAAAGUUCUCAGAUAAUGCUAGAAGGAGACACACUUUCUCUUCACGGCAUCACUAAACACAAGAUAGCCCAAUUUCAGAUUGAAGAACCUUCCUGAAACAGUUUACAUUGUUUAUGGUUUAAAAUCAACUUUUGUAUUUCAAUGGAUCAAAUCCAACAGAACAAUUUAUAAUUAAGAAAUGUAUUUUCAUUUAGGACAGAUUCCAUAUUUAACACACUUUGCUCUGGUCGAAUUAUUUAUCCAUCCUAAACAGAAAAUCACAUCUUUAUAGAAAUUGUAUAAAUCAUAAAAUUUCAUUGCUCAUUAUUAAUAUGCUGUUAAUAAUUUUGUAAAUAUUCAUCUUCAUCCAAUAACAACUUACAAUUGAAA